UCCUCCUGCUACUCGCCUCGCCCGCUGCAUGUGCGCAUAUGUGAAGUUAUGACUUGGAGAUUUGGACGGGAAAUUUUGGCAUAAGUUGAUUCGGGUAUAUCUAAAGGAAGCUAUGAACAGCAAACGCAGUAAAGUUCCAAAAGCUCCAAAAGCAGGAGCAACGUAUAAGAAAAGGAAGACUUCGGAUCACGACACAAGAUAUGACUGGAGCAGCAGAAGUGCUACACCCCGAAUACCCAGCGAUGAAGAGGUCAUUCCCACUGCACUUCCCCGCAAGUUUGGAACCCCCCUUGAAUUCAUGGAGUUCCUGCUGAGUCCGCUCUCGUACAAGGAGUUCUCUGAGAAGUACUGGGAGCGAGAGCCCUUUGUGGCCCACGACCGUGCGGGCAUGAGGGCAUUCUGGCCUCAGCUCUUCAGCAAAGACGCCUUCUUCUCUAUUGCAAAGGAAACCAAGCUGUACUUCGGCAAGGACGUGUCUGCCUGCAAGUAUGAGGACGGGAAAAGGUCGGACUAUGCGGAGGGUUAUUCGGCCAAGAGCGCCAAGCUGAACAAGUACUUCGAGGAGAGGAAGGCCACUCUUCAGGUUCAUCAGCCCCAGCGAUGGAAGGAUAGCCUCUGGGAAGUCCUGGAACUGAUGGAGUGCUUCUUCGGCUGCCUCGUCGGCUGCAACGCCUACAUCACGCCGGCCGGCUCUCAAGGCCUGGCCCCGCACCACGACGAUGUGGAGGUGUUCAUCGUGCAAUUGGAAGGGGAAAAAUGCUGGAAGCUGCACAAACCGGUGACUGAACUAGCCCGUAUCUACAGCAAAGACUUCACUUCCGAGGAAAUUGGGGAACCCACUCACGAGUUCACACUGAGGCCUGGAGACUUUCUGUACAUGCCACGAGGAACAAUCCACCACGCCUAUGUGCCAGAGUCGGCCGACAGCCACUCAACCCACAUCACCAUCAGCACCUACCAGAAACAAACCGUGGGCGACUGUCUCAUGGACAUAGCCCCAGACCUGAUCAGCUCGGCAAUGGAUUCCUGCAUUGAACUGCGGAAGGGCCUGCCCAACAGAUUCCUCCCGUCUUGCGUACUGUCCAAGGAAACGGUGGUGACAGCGCUCAGCUCCGUCCUGGAGCACGUCAAGCAGAUGCCAGACGAAAUGCCGUCGCCCGAGGAGAUGGUGCGGGACUUCAUGUUCUCCCGGCUUCCCCCGUUUGGCUUCGACCGAAGGAACACCUCUAUGCGCCCUUACGGGGACGUUCCCCACCUGAACGACAGGGUGAAGCUGGCCUACCCGGACCACUGCACCUACCUCACGGAGUACUCGGAUGAGGACGAGGAAGAUAAUGCACUUCUUGUGACGUCCGUAUAUAACAAGAGAGAAGAACACAUGAUGAGCAGCUCUGACGCGCAGCACGAAGAGGAGUCUGCAAUAAUAAAGCUUCCCAUUAACUUACUGGAUGGAGUGAAGCAACUGUGUGAGAGCGAGGAUUUUGUGAGUGUCAAGGCCUUGGAAGCGCCCUGCGACGAGGACAGGCUUUUCCUGGCUCUGGCGUUGUGGACGCGUCACUUGCUGAAAAUACAGUAUGACGCUGAGCCCGAGUGAGUUCAAAGAAAAGUAAAGUCAUUGUCUUUGACAAUGUA